GGCCGGGGCGGCGGGCGGGCGGCGGGCGGGCGGAGCGGGGCGAUCCGGGCGCUGACAUUUGCAGGCUGCCCUCCUGAUUGGUCCCCGCGCCGAGCUGCUCACAGGUUCAUUGAAGUGUUAAGCACCUCCCCGUCUCUCUAAAGGACAUUAUAAUGCAAGAGACCCCCUUUUUAACCACACACCGAAUUUUCUUUCAUUUAGGGGAUCUAUAUAUAUAUAUAUAUCUCAUAUCUUAUAUCUAUUUUAAAUAACUUAAGGCCGCUAAAAUUUGGGGGGGAACAGCCUUCGCCCUGGAGCGGUGCGCGAUGCUGUCUCACGCCGACCUCCUGGACGCCCGUCUCGGGAUGAAAGAUGCGGCCGAGCUGCUGGGACACCGGGAGGCGGUGAAGUGUCGGCUGGGCGUAGGGGGCUCGGAUCCGGGGGGACACCCGGGAGACAUGGCUCCCAACUCGGACACGGUAGAAGGGACGACCCUGCUGCCGGGGGAGGACAUCACCACGGUGGGAUCCAACCCCAGCUCCUUAGCCGUCAGCGCCAAAGACCCCGACAAGCAGCAAGGCCAGCAGGGUGGCCAGAACCCCAGCCAGGCUGGUCAGCAACAGGGGCAGCAGAAGCAGAAGCGGCACCGCACCCGCUUCACUCCGGCACAGCUGAACGAGCUGGAGAGAAGCUUCGCCAAGACCCACUACCCGGACAUCUUCAUGAGGGAAGAGCUGGCCCUGCGCAUCGGCCUCACUGAGUCCCGGGUGCAGGUCUGGUUCCAGAACCGGCGGGCCAAGUGGAAGAAGCGCAAGAAGACCACGAACGUCUUCCGCGCCCCGGGCACGCUGCUGCCGACGCCGGGGCUGCCGCAGUUCCCCUCGGCUGCCGCCGCCGCCGCCGCCGCUAUGGGCGACAGCCUCUGCUCCUUCCAUGCCAACGACACCCGCUGGGCCGCCGCCGCCAUGCCGGGCGUGUCGCAGCUGCCGCUGCCGCCGGCGCUGGGCCGGCAGCAGGCCAUGGCGCAGUCCCUCUCCCAGUGCAGCCUGGCGGCGGGGCCGCCGCCCAACUCCAUGGGCCUCUCCAACAGCCUGGCGGGCUCCAACGGGGCCGGGCUGCAGUCGCACCUCUACCAGCCCGCCUUCCCCGGCAUGGUGCCCGCCUCCCUGCCUGGGCCCAGCAACGUGACCGGCUCGCCCCAGCUCUGCAGCUCCCCGGACAGCAGCGACGUGUGGCGGGGAACGAGCAUCGCCUCCCUCCGCCGCAAAGCACUAGAGCACACAGUCUCCAUGAGCUUCACCUAAUGGCCGCCGCCACGUCCCCCGCCGCCGCCGCUUGGCCCUGCACCCUC